AUGUCAAAGACAGAACUUAAAAAUUGUAUCCUUUCUGAUGAAAAUCUCAUCAAUUUCUUCCAAUCUAAACCAGUUUACAAAAUAUUACAACAAGGAUUGUCAAUCGAGCAAAUUCACAAUGAAAUUUUGGCAUUCGGCAUAAAAAAUAAAAGUAUUGAGAUGAAAUUUGAAAGUUCAUUUGAUUGGCAAUUGGAGCAGCAAAAAAAUGUUUUCCUUAAACUCUUAGAUAAAUUUAUAUGCGUGUUGUUGGAGAAGGAAGAAGAAAAUAAAAAUCGAGAAACGAAUUUAGAUGAAUGUGACAGCAAAAGAAUUUCAUUGAGUAACAUCGCCACAAGCAGUAAAAUAUUUAUUGUAUACUUAAACGAGCUCUUCCACUAUUUUAUUGUGACAAAUAAUGAAAGUCACGUUAAAGCAACAAAUAGAAAAAAGGAAACCGAAAGAAUAUUCGAGGAAUUUCCAUUAAAUCACAACAAGAAAAACGUUGAAAAACUAACCAUCGUCAUCGAAGAGAAGGAAGUUGACUUCAAGCAAGGACUCGAUGUUAAAAAUAAAAUAAUUACAUCGCUUAAAGCUGACUUGAUGCAAAUAGAAAUGAAGCACAAUAAGAAAAUUAGUGACAUGAUACGAGAGAGGAAAAGAAAAGAAAUGAAAAACGAGAACAUUGAGAAGCUGAAAAUUAUUCAACUCCAGAAAGAUUACGAAACGUUGAAAGGAGAAAAUGAUCAAAAAUUAAAUGGAAUGUCGGUUGAAGUUCAACAACUUCUAAAGCAUAAGUUAAAGGCAGAGCAAAUACUUCAGCAAGCUGUUUUUUUGUUUGAUAAGGACAUUGGAUCAAUUGACGACGAAAUACAUGUGAUUGAAAAAAUCAUCAAAGCAGAAAAGAAAACAUUUGCUGUUUGGAACGAAAAUAUCGCAAAGCCGAUGAACGAAAUUUCUGCUUUCAUUGUUGGUUCCGAUUCCCUAGGUAUGAAAAAAUGCUUGUUGAAAAAGCUAAGGAACAGCAAACAGACAGAACAUUAUUUGGUAGCGAUAACAGCGAACACAGCUUGA